CUCAAAUUUCCCCACUUCCUCUUUCGCCCCAGAACAUUCCCGUCCGUUUAUCAUUCACACCACUUCUCUGGAUGAAAAACUAAAACAAGCGUAAAGUUCACUGGCAAUGGAGGGAACUGAAUCAACCGCUAGAGAGAGAACAACAGGAAGGGAUGGGAGUCAGGCGCCCAAUGACACGCUGCUGAUGUCCAGCAAACCUCUGCAUCGCUUCAUCCAAAAAGAGCCCAGAAGUCUUGGGAUUGUCAUUCUGAUCUUUGGCUGUGCAGAGCUUCUGAUGGGAUUUCAGCUGUCCAAAGAAAACGAGCACACUUCUUUUGCAAUCUACAUUCCCUUCUGGCAGGGAGUUCUGUUUCUCGUCUGUGGAAACCUGUCUAUCUACACUGAGCUACAUCCGUCCAAGAAGAUGGUGACUGUGUGUUUGGCUAUGUAUGUGGUUUCUCUUUUGGGAAUCGUGGUCUCAAUUGGCUACAGGAUACCCCUCCUCCGCAGAUAUGGCUACCUUCAGUACAGAGCAGAAUACCAUUUGGAGAAUAAUUGGGCCGUUUACAGAACAGACCAGAUUUUUGGUAUUGAAGGCCUAUUGUUCACUUCCUCUCUGUGUGUGUCUGUGCUUCUCAUCUUCUUGUGUACCGUUGCACGUUUGGCUCUGAAAUCCACACACACUCAGAUUAUUGUCCAGCACAUCCCGGCACCACUGAGUGACACAACAUCAAACUAAUCUCAACCUUUUAAAGUGUUAUUCUACAAUAACUUAGAGUGGUUUUCCAGCAGCAAACCGACCGUGUGAAAGAUACAUCAUUCUGUACAGCAUAUCACAUGUGGAUGUUACACCACCUAGAGGGAGUAGAAAUGCAUUACUGAACCACAUUUAUUUGCUUUUACAUAAUAUCGCAGAUCAGAGUUGAGAAUUGUUUACCAAUGCACGAUUAUAAGCACUGCUAAAACAAUGUAUAUCACACUAAUUGAGUGCCAAAUAGGUAGUUAGCGAAUAAGUACAAGAAGACUGUCAGCUACUAUGCCUGUGUUAUAAAUGUUACUUUUCUAUGCACUGUGAAUCUACCAUACACACCGCUGAUUUUAGCUUCAAGCUAUAUGUGAUGCAAUAAAUGCAAUGUAUUGUCUUUGUUAAAUAAAUAAUAAAAUUACUGAAUUAAAA